AUGAAACGUUCUAAGUUAAGUGGAGACAAAUAUAGGAAAUUGGCCAAGGAAAAAUUGGAAAAACAAAGAUUGGUUUUAGAAAAUGUCCCGAAAAUUAAUACAUUAUUUAGUAAGGAAGUAAUUACGUCAGUAAGUGUAAGUCCAAAAAUAUCUUCUAGCGUCAUAGAUUCUGGGGAUAUUAAAACAGUACAGAAUGAAAAAAAUAAUACUUAUUUUAAUGACAGAACAGAGAUAGAGUUACAAAAUAAAACUAAAACAAGUAUUUUUAGUAAAGAUCCUUCUCAAUGGAUACGAACAGCCGACUUUAUUCACUUUGUGGCAUCACACGGUGUUGAUCAAAAUAUGAACUCAGACUUUUCAAACUCCAAACGGAUAUACUCUGACCAAAGUAGAUAUUUAACUAAAUCUAUGUUCUAUAGGAUAUUAUCAAACAAUGAAAAAAUUCUUAGAACGUGGUUAGUUUACUCAGAAAUUAAAGGGACUGUAUUUUGCGCACCGUGUUGGUUAUUUCGUGACGACUCUGGUUUGGCUACUACAGGUUUUAAUGACUGGAAAAACGCUUGUUCGAGGUUAAAACAACAUGAAAAUUCUAUAAAUCAUAAAAACUGUUUGAUUCAAAUACAAGACAUCAAUCAAACUAAGGAAAGAGUAGAUUCAAGAUUAAUGAAUCAAAUUGAUGGGGAAAAAAACUAUUGGAAAAAUAUUUUAUUGCGAAUUGUUGCCGUAGUUAAAUCACUUGCCUUACGGGGACUCCCUUUUCGGGGUGACAACGAGUUAAUUGGUUCUUCGAAAAAUGGAAAUUUUCUUAUGUCAAUAGAAUUAAUAUCUGAAUUCGAUCCAUUUUUGGCACAACAUAUUAAUAAAUACGGUAAUGCCGGUCGAGGAUCAACAUCAUAUUUAUCAUCAACUGUUUUUGAAGAAGUAAUUUCUAUAAUGGCGGAAAAAGUAAACAAAUAUUCUGUUGAUGAAAUUAAACGUAGAAAAUACUUUUCCAUUAUAGUUGAUUCAACUCCUGACAUUACGCACAUUGAUCAGCUUUCCUUUAUUGUGAGAUAUGUAAAUGACCAAGGUCUACCAGUUGAACGAUUUCUUGAAUUUAUACCAAAAGCGGGUCAUAAGUCUGCAGAGUUAUUUGAUGUAGUCAAUGAUCUCAUUAAACGUUACGGUUUGGAUUGGUUCAACUGUAGGGGACAAUCAUAUGACAACGCUAAUAAUAUGUCCGGCAGUUAUUCAGGUCUCCAAGCACGAGUUAAAGAAAUAAAUAAUUUAAUAUAUUUUGUUCCAUGUGCGGCACAUUCGCUAAAUUUAGUUGGAACGCACGCUGUAGAUAGUUCAAAAGAAGCAGUUAAAUAUUUUGGAUUAAUGCAACAUUUGUUUAUGUUCUUUACUAUUUCAACUCAUCGUUGGGAAAUACUCAGUAAUAAUUUGAAACCGGGAACUCAUACGUUGAAACAUCCAUCAUUUACAAGAUGGUCAUCAAGAGAUGCAGCUUGUUUGAGUAUAAAUGAAAAUUGGUCUGAAAUUAUCAAUGCCUUAACAUAUAUAAUGAAUGCUACUACAGAAAAUAAUAUGACUCGAAACGAAUCACAAGGACUAUUAAAUAAACUCCAAUCAUUAGAGACUUGCUUUAUGUCUAUAUUAUGGGGUUUUCUAUUGAACAGAUUAAAUGUAGUUAGUGAGAAGUUACAAAAAGUUGAAAUAGAUUGUGGUCUCGUAGUUGAGCUUUACGAUUCUUUAAUUCAACUUACUACAAAUACUCUUGAAAAUUUUGAUGAAUUUGAAAAAAAAGCAAUUGAAAAAUCUGUUACAAAAGAAUAUAAAGAUUUAAAAACUCAUCAUUUAUUGAAUAAACUUAACAAGAGAAGAGCUGCGUAUCAAAAUUUUUUUUUUCCAUUUGCUUUUAUUGUCAUGCUCGAACGUCUAUCACAUGAUGAUAUUGUUAAAGGAGCUACACAACUUAAUGAAAUAUACUAUGAUGAUAUGGAUUUAAAUGAAUUAAUCAAUGAAUGUUUACAUUUAAAAGCACACAUAAUACAACUGGCUGACGAUAAGCAAAACAAUGUUCCCAAACUUCUUCAAAUUUUACAUGAAAAAAACUUAAUUUCAAUAUAUCCCAACAUCGAAAUAGCACUCAGAAUAUAUACAUCUACUGCGGUGACUAACUGUUCAGCUGAACGUUCUUUUUCUUGCUUGAAAAGAAUAAAAAAUUAUCUCCGAUCAACGAUGUCACAGGAUCGAUUAAAUGCACUUGCUAUACUAAGUAUUGAACAUGAAUUAACUAAUCAGUUAUCAUAUGACGACAUCAUAGAAGACUUUGCGAAAAAAAAAUCAAGACGUAAGACUAUAAUCUGA